AUGUCCUCACCAGAACCAGAAAAUAGCGAACAGAACAGUAAGCCUAAUGAAAGCCUACACAAAAGAAGAAGAUAUAACCACACAGCAUCAAGUCAAUCAGAUAAUACACUUACAGAAACCUUUAACAAUUCAUUACUCACUUCUACAAAUACAAAAAGUAAGUCUACUAUGAACGAAAAAGAGCAAACAAUACAAAUAGAUCACAACAAAUCAAAAUCAGAUAAUUCAAUAGAUAUAGAUCAAACAAAUAACAAAGAUCAAACAGACAACAAUCAACUUGAAGUAACUUCAAACAAUAGUGAAGAAAAGAAAAUACCCCAAUCUUAUAGUAAACAAGUUACAGAAGGAAUUGCGUUAUAUAUAGAUAUCCUAUUUAACAUAAAAGAAUGGGGCUAUGAAAAAAUCUUAAAUGCUUUGCAAGAUAAAGAUAAAAUA